AUGGAUUGGCCAUGUCAAUACACAAAAUUAAUAAUAAAUAAAAUUAUUAAACAAAAAGUUCCUGUUAUAAGAAUGUUUGGUAUCUCCAAAGAAGGUCAUAAAUGUACAGCACAUAUUCAUGGAGUUUUACCUUAUAUAAUUAUAAAAGUUGGAGAUAUAGAUCAAACUCAAGCUACUAAAAAUAUAUUUGAAUUAUUUAAAAAAAUAACUAGUACUAACAAAAACCAAUGGAUUCGUGAAAAAGAUAUUACUGAACAUAUUUUUAAAAUAGAAUUUUUUGAAUCUAAAAGUAUUUAUGGGUAUUAUCAAUCAAUGGAGGUAUUUGCAAAAAUUUACUUUUAUAAUCCAAUUUUAUGUAAUAUGGUAUUUAUUUCACUACAAAAAAUGUCUGAUGAUAGUUUUGAUUUUCAACCAUAUAAUGGAACGAUGCCCUAUAUAAAUAGAUUUUUUGUUGAUUAUAAUAUUUUUGGAAUGGAUAUUGUUGAUUUUGAGAAAGUAUAUUAUAGACCUGAUAAAGAUUGUAUUUUUAAUCAUGGUGGUAAAAGAAUAAAGACAGAUGAAAUUAUUAUUCCAUUAUCAAUGCUUUCUACUGUUCAAAGAACAGCUUAUGAAGGAAUAGAAUUUGAUACUAUACCACAAAAUAUUAUUAAUAAAAAAGUAUUUUUUGAUAAUAUAAGAAAUCCAGGAAUUGAUGCUAUUUGGAAAGAGGAGGAAGAAAGAUGUUGGAUGAGAAAUACAAAAAUUCCAGAACCAAAAAUAUUUUCCCAUGCUAAAGAAUUUGUUUCACGUACAGAAAAAGAAGACUUAAAAGUUUUUGGAGAUAUUAUUAGAAAAUUAAGAAAAAAUGUUGGAAAUCAUUUUAAUGAUACAAUAAUGAAUGCAUCUUUAAUGGAUGCUUCUCAAAUUCCUGGAGAAACAUCAUUUUUCCAAAUAGAUGAUAAUAUGCGUAUUCCUUCACCUUCUCAGAUUCCUGUUGGUCAACCAUCAGAUACAGAGGAGGAGGAAGAUGAUGAUAAAAUUAACUAUGAAGAAAUAAUGGAUGAAAAGUAUGAAGAUUCUGAUUUUGGUUUUGAUCAAGAUGUUUAUAAUAUAGAAUCAUCUGAUGAAGAUAGAGAUUGGGAUAUGUUAAAAAUUAUUGAUGAAAAAGAUUCAAACAAAAUUAUUUCAUUUGAUGAUAAUUUCGAUGAUUACUAUGAUUUCAAUAAUAAACCAAAAACUAAAGGGUUUGAUGAAAUAUUUAAGUAUGGUGUUAUAAUAACACCUGAUGGAGAAUUAUAUAGUGAAAAAAAAAAUCAGACACAAUUUUUUGGAAAUAUUAGUUUUGCUAAUCAAACUAUAAAAGAAAAAAAAUUUGAAAAAAUGGAUGUUUGUAAAGAAAAAGAAAAAAAUAUUUUACAACAUAAGUAUGACAAUAGCUCAUUUUUAAUAAAAAAUUUGUCAGUAAUGUCAAUGGAAUUGAUAACAGACUCACGAUCUAAAAAAUAUUCUAAUCCCGAGACUGAUGAAAUUGUUUGCCUAUCUUUAUGUUUAUAUAAUGAUGCAUGUGUAAAUACUGAAAAGCCUGAUUACCAAAUAUGUCUAAUUAAUAGAAAUUUAUUUAAAGAUUAUGAAGAUAAUAUAAAUUUAGAUUAUAUAAAAUUAUGUACUAAUGAAACACAUAUACUACAAUUUACAAUGACAAUAGUUAAAAUACGAAAUCCAGAUAUAAUUGUUGGUUAUGAAAUGAACCGUGAAUCAUGGGGUUAUUUUAUUGAUAGAUGUAAAGUACGAAGUUUAAAAGUAAUAUCAAAAUUAUCAAAAAUUGAGACAAAAGAAGAUUCUGGUAGUAAUUUUGUAGAAACUAAAUCUUUACCAGAAGGAAGAAUACCUUUAAAUAUUUGGAAAAUUGUUAGUAAAGAACAUAGUUUAAGAUCAUACGACUUUCAUAAUGUUGUUUAUAAAGUAUUACUAGAAAAAUUUCAAAAGAUACCUUUUGAAAAAAUGUCAUCUCUUAAAAAUCAAACUUUUUCUAUAAAAAAACAAAUAAUAAAAAAUUUACACAAAAGAAAUUUAUAUAAUAUGAAAAUUCUUUCGCAUAUGGGAACAUUAAUAAAAACUUCAGAAAUGGCAAAAGUAUAUGGUAUACAAUUUUUAGAUGCUUUAACUAGAGGAUCACAAUUUCGUGUUGAAUCAAUGCUUUAUAGACAAUGUUUGAAAGAAAAUUAUGUUGGUCCAUCUGUUAGUGUGCAUAAUAGAGUUCAAAUGCCAUCACCAGAAAUUUUUCCUCUUGUCAUGGAACCAACCUCUGGAAUAUAUAGAAGUCCAAUACUUGUUCUUGAUUUUCAAUCACUUUAUCCUUCAAUGUGUAUGGCAUAUAAUUAUUGUUUUAGUACCUGUUUAGGAAGAAUUAAUGAAUGGGGAAAUUAUAUUGAUAAUUGUAAUGAUAAACAAUUAGAUUUACAAAUUGGUGCUUUAAGAUAUCGUCCAAAAAUUGAUGAUAUCAUAGGAAUAAAUAAUAUUAAAAAAAAUUUUCAUAUCACACCAGUAGGAAGUGUUUUUGUUAAAGAAGGAAUAAGAAAAGGUGUCAUUCCAACAUUGUUGGAAGAAUUACUUUCAACAAGGCAAAUGAUAAAAACUAUGAUGAAAAUAUAUAAAAAUGAUAAACAUUUAUACAAAAUUCUUGAUGCAAGACAGUUAUCUUUAAAAUUGCUAGCUAAUGUUACUUAUGGGUAUACUGCGGCAAAUUUUAGUGGUAAAAUGCCAUGUUUUAAUGUUUCUGAUGCAAUUGUUUCAAGUGGUAGAUGUACAUUAGAAAGAGCUAUAACAACAAUUGAAACAAAAUGUAAAGAUUUAUGGAGUAAUGGUUUAGAAAUUGUUUAUGGUGAUACAGAUUCUAUUUUUGUUCAUGUUCUUGGUAAUUGCCCAAUGGAGAAAGCUUUUGAAAUUGGAAAUGAAAUUGCUAGACGGAUAACAAAAGAAAAUCCUUCUCCUGUUGUUUUAAAAUUUGAAAAAGUUAUGAAACCUUGUGUUUUGUUAACUAAAAAAAGGUAUGUUGGUUAUUCAUAUGAAAGUAUUGAUCAAGAAGAACCUAUAUUUGAUGCCAAAGGUAUUGAAAGUGUUCGAAGAGAUAAUUGUGCAUUUGUUUCAAAAGAGGUAGAAAAGUUUUUAAAAAUUUUAUUUGAAAAAAAUAUGAAUGAAGCUUUAUCUUAUAUUAAAAAUCGAUUAUUAAAAAUUGAUAAGAUUCCUUUUAAUCAAUUUAUAAUUAGUAGUACCUUUAGGGGAGAAUUUUCACAAAGAGCUGUUGUUCCAGCUAAAAAGAUUAAAGAACAACGUGCUCUUAUUCAUGAAAGAUAUACUCCAUUAAUUGGUUCAAGAAUUCAGUAUGUUGUUAAAGAACCAAAUUUAAUUGAUAAAAUUAAAAAAAAUAAAAAAAAUUUGACAGUAAUAGCUAAUGUAAUUGAACCAGAAGAAUUUUUAAAUAAUGGAAGAAUGCGAUUAAAUUAUGAUUAUUAUGUUCAAAAUAUGUUUCUUCCGGCAUUAAAUAGAAUAACUAAUUUAGAAGAAAUUGAUGUUGUUGUUGAAAUACCAAUUUAUAGAAAAGAAUUUUGUGAUAUCUGUGAAGAUGUUUGUGAUUAUCAAUUUGAUGAAAGAUAUGGAAACAUUAAAUCAGAUUGUUUACUUAAUCUCAUUCAAAAACAUUCAACAUAUACAAGAGGUAAAAAAAUAGUAUUAAAUAAAUGUGCUGAAUGUAUUGGAGAAAUUGAAAGUUGUAAUACAGCAUGUCAAAAUUAUUCAUGUAGUAUUAAACAACUUCAUAUUAAGUUAGAUGAGGGUUUAAGAGAAACAGCUCCAUAUAAUGAAGUUAUAGUUAUUGACGAUUAA